AAGGGAUCACGGCGCCCAUGGGUGUUUCAGGCUGAAGCUUGAGGUCACCAUGGUAACCGCUCGCCUGUCGCGUGCCGAUGUCCUUGCCUUUUGUGGGGCGGCCGACGACCCCGCGGUUUGGGGAGUGUGCGGGGUAGGGUCGAGGACGGGGACGCAAGGGAUCGAGAGGGGGCGGCUCUUACUCGAAUGCCUGCGACCGACCGCGCCCUCGGUACCACCCUCUCCCCAGGGGAGCUGCAGCCGCUGCAUGCCUGCUGGGCUCUGCUGCUUCUCCCUCCAAGACCACCCCCCUUCCUGCUCCUUGCAUCUGUAUGGGUGUGGGCGUGGGUAUGUGGGUGGGUUUCUGAGUGUUCUCGUGUGGAACUGAGCCUUUCCUCCGCCUGUUGAGCCAUAAGAAGCUAGGGCCGGGCUAUGGAUCUUUGGGUUUGGCUGACGUUAGUGGGACAGGGGCCAAGUCCCUGCAGAUCUCUUUGCGUCAGAGAAGAGCUCUGUCCCUGUUUGUGGGAGCCAGCUCCACCAGUUCUGUUUCUGUUUGUCUGCCGGCCUCCCUGCCGUCUGGUCCUCACCCGAUCACCAUUCCUGUGUUCCAGGAUCGCUGGGCAUUCUUUACAGGGCCUUCGGUUGGACUAAGGCUUCUGGGGUCUUCGUGCUGACUUCAGCCUGUCUCUGCCCACAGAGUCUACAGGAACCCGCCCUGGGACUGGAGAGGGUGGGCUUCCCACAAGGGAGACAGAAAUUGGAGCCCCAGGGCCAUCACCCCUGCUUAAGGGACCUUGCACCUGAGUUUCCCCCCCUCCCCCCCAGAUCCAAGCUCACCAGGACCCUCUCAGGUUCUUGGGAGUGAAAGUGGAAGAGAAUCCCCCAAAGGCUUAGGAAUCCAGCCUAGCAGGAGACAAACCUGACCAGAGAUCUCUCAACCAGAGCUUCAGGGCUGAGGCUGGAGAUUGAUACAGAGGAACAGAUCCUGGGACUGCUGGCGCCUUUGCAAUUCCUGACCAUCUCUAAGGCAGUGAGGAAGGGCUAACCAUGGAAGAUUUGACUCAAAUGAUUGGAGAGAGAGAUCAAUGCUCUUCUCCAGUUCUGCUGUGCCCAACAAGGUACUCCCUGAAUUCAGUUCCACCAACAAUUAUUACUAGGUUCAAGGCGGUGAAACUAUUAAAGAAAAUGCAUUCUGCAAUUGGUGCACCUGUGAUGACAUGUUUGUGACUAAUAGUCUUAGAGAGUUGCCUGGGGAAUUGGAAGUGAAGUGACUUGGCCAGUGUUACAAAAUCACUAUGUCUCAGAAGCAGGAUUUGAACCCAGGUACACCACACUGCCUCUCAGCAGCUCUGCCUUCUCAGGAUGAUCCCCUUCCCCAAGAGAAUCACACAGAGGAAGAGAUGGCUGCCAUGGUCUUGCCAGCUGGACACCAGGAAUCGAUGACAUUCAAGAAUGUGGCUGUGGCUUUUGGCCAAGAGGAAUGGGGUCAACUAGACCCUACUCAAAAAGAUGUGUACAGAGAUGUGAUAUUGGAAAAGUAUAGGCACUUGGUUUCAAUGGGGCUUCCAAUUUCCAAACCUGAUGUAAUCUCACAAUUGGAGAGAAAAGAAGACCCAUGGAUGCUUGAAAGAGAAGUCUCAAGAGAUGCCUAUCCAGACUGGGAAACUAAGCCUGAGAUCAAGCAGUCUUCUCCAAAGCCUGACUUUUCUGAAGAAGGAUCAUCCCAUGGAGAGAUAAUAGAAAGAUUCACAAGGGAUGGUCCCUGGGAGUCUAUGUUUCUAGAAAGCUGGGACUGUAAGGGGCAGUUAGAGAGAGAUCAGGGACAUCAAGAGAAUCAUAUGAGGCAAAUGACAAUCGCACAUAUGAAAACCUCCACUGGAGACAAAGGUCAUGAAUGUAAUGAAUUUGAGGGAACUUUCAGCCUGAAGUCAAUCCUUGUUACACAGCAGAAAGCUCCCACAGAAGAAAGCCUUCUUAAUUGUGAUGCACGUGGUAAAGGCCUCAAAAAGAAUUCAGACCUAGCUAAACUUCAGAAACUGUAUGGUGUAAAGAAAGCGUGGAAAUGUGCAGAAUGUGGGAAAGGCUUUAGGAACAGAUCGGCUCUUAUUGUCCAUGUAGGAAUUCAUAGUUCAGAUAGACCUUUUAAAUGUACAGAAUGUGGGAGUGCCUUUAGGCAAAACUCAUCUCUUUUGAAACAUCAGAGGUCACACACUGGAGAGAAACCUUUUAAAUGUAAUGAAUGUGAUAGGGCCUUUAGUCAGAGCUCAUCUCUUAUUGACCAUCUUAGAAUUCACACUGGAGAAAAACCUUAUGAAUGCACUGAAUGUGGGAAAGCUUUCAACAAGAGUACACAUCUUACUCAACAUCAGAGAACUCAUACUGGAGAAAAACCAUAUGAAUGUGUUGAAUGUGGGAAAGCCUUUACCCGGAGCACACACCUUACUCAGCAUCAAAGGAUUCAUACUGGUGAAAAACCCUAUAAAUGCAUUGAAUGUGGGAAAGCCUUCAAGGAUGCUUCAUCCUUAAAUCGACACCAGUUCAUUCAUACUGGAGAAAGACCCUAUAAAUGUGGUGAUUGUGACAAAGCUUUCAGUGGCCUCUCAAGCCUUAUUCAGCAUAAGAGAAUCCAUACUGGGGAAAAACCUUAUGGAUGUAAGGAAUGUGGUAAAGCCUUCAGCCAGAGUUCAUCCCUUACAAAACAUCAGAGAUUCCAUACUGGAGAGAGACCAUUUAAAUGCAAUGCAUGUGAUAGGGCCUUUAGCCAGAGCUCAUCCCUAAUUCAUCACCAGAAAACUCAUACUGGAGAGAAACCCUUCAAAUGUAAUGAAUGUGGAAAAGCUUUCAGUCAGAGCAUACACCUUACUGAACAUCAAAGAAUUCAUACUGGAGAAAAACUCUACAAAUGUAAAGAAUGUGGGAAAGCCUUCAGUCGAACUUCAUCCCUUAUUGACCAUCAAAGAAUCCACACUGGAGAGAGACCCUAUGAAUGUAAUGUAUGUGGGAAAGCCUUCAGCCAGAGUUCAUCUCUUACUAAACAUCAAAGAACUCAUACUGGAGAAAAACCCUAUGAAUGUAAUGAAUGCGGGAAAGCAUUUAGCAAGAGCUCAUCCCUCACUCAACACCAGAGAAUUCACACUGGAGAGAAGCCCUAUGAAUGUGGUGAAUGUGGGAAAGCUUUCAACAAGAGUACACACCUCACUCAGCAUCAGAGAAUUCACACUGGAGAAAAACCUUAUGAAUGCAAUGAAUGUGGGAAAGCAUUCACUAGGAGCACACACCUUACUCAACAUCUUAGAGUUCAUACUGGGGAGAAGCCCUAUAAAUGUGAUGAAUGUGGAAAAGCUUUCAGUGAUACUUCAUCCCUUACUAGACAUAAGUUCAUUCAUACUGGGGAGAAACCCUUUAAGUGUGAUGAAUGCGGGAAAGCCUUUAGUGGCCUCUCAGGCCUUAUUCAACAUCAACGAACUCAUACAGGAGAGAAGCCUUAUGAAUGUAAUGAAUGUGGCAAAGCCUUUAGCCGGAGUGCUCACCUCAUUGAACAUAGGGGAACUCAUACUGGAGAGAAACCAUACAAAUGUAAAGAAUGUGGAAAAGCUUUCAGUCAGAGCUCACACCUUACAAAACAUCAGAGAACACAUACUGGAGAGAAACCUUAUAAAUGUUGUUAUUGUGAGAGAGCCUUCAGCCAGAGUUCAUCUCUUAUUCAGCACCAGAAGAUUCAUGCUGGAGAGGAAUACUGUAUGUAAAGAAUGUGGCAAAACCUCAUGCUUGGAUGAUCCUUCAGGCUUUAUCCAGCAUCGGAAAUCUUGCUUUGUGAAUUCAGUGGAUCAACAGAUGUGUCUUGAGCACCCACUUUGUAUAUAAGGUUACAUGGAGUAAUUUACACAAAGAAAUGUUAGGCCCUCUUACAAAAAUGUUUCCCUCCUCUAAAAGUUCUUGUGGAUUGAGGGGUUACCCUAGAUGGGGGGGUGGGGGGAAAUCAGAGUUAGGUGGUUAAAAAAUUAAAUGUUGUAAAUGUGGAGUCUUGAGUAUAUUUCCAAAUAUUGUAAUGGAAGACAAUGGGAAUUUCCAAAAGCAAUAUAUUCCUUUACAUGUUAAUAUGUAUUUGAGCUUUUGAAUCCCUGGGAAUCCCUUGCAAAGAAGAGGGAGCUGCCAAGAGGUUCUGCCAAGUGGGCUAAUGCUCAUAGGGUAGAGUUAGGAAACUCUUAGGGGCACUUUUCAGGAGACUUAUAUGAGCAUGGAGAAAAUCAGAAUUCUAAGCAUUGGUAGGGAACUUACAGGUCAUUAAGUUCAGGGAUUUUCACACUUUUUGAACUCAAAAAAACUUUAUAUUAAAAAAAAGUCAGAACUUUGAUUCGUGUUAAAAUUUAAAAUGUGUAAAUAUUAGUAACAUUGAGAAUGGAAAUUGUUGGAUUUGUAAUGAAUAUCUUUAUGUUCCUUUACUUGGGUCGUGUUCAAACAGAUAUAACAGUUUCCCUUGUAUUCUAAGUUUAAUACUGAACUAGUGGAAAAUCUGCUACAUGUGUAUUUUUGAAACUCACCUUUUGAAGUAAACUUUAUUGAGAUUCACUCA